AUGCGCUCGUUUUUGAUCCAAACCCCUUGCUCCUCCGCCAACAUUGGCCCCGGGUUCGAUGUCAUCGGCCUGGCACUGUCCCUCCACCUCGAACUCAAGGUCACCGUGGAUGACUCCAAAACCUCGUCCGAGCUCCCCUUGAACUGCCAAAUCACUUAUGAGGACCUGAGCAAGAGCACCGAACAAAUCAGCCUGGAUCCCGAGGUCAAUCUGAUCACCCGAGUGGCACUGUACGUUCUGCGAUGCCACAAUCAGCGCGCCUUUCCCGUGGAGACGAAGGUACACAUCUCCAACCCCAUCCCACUGGGUCGGGGUUUGGGAUCGUCGGGUACUGCAGUGGUGGCGGGUGUUAUGCUGGGUAAUGCAGUUGGCAACCUAGGUUUGAGCAAGGAGCGAUUGCUGGAUUACUGUCUAAUGAUUGAACGACACCCGGAUAACGUGGCUGCGUCACUGUUCGGAGGCUUCGUGGGUACUUAUCUGAAUGAACUCAAGCCGGAAGACGUCGCCCGGAAAGAAAUCCCAUUGAGUGAGGUUCUGCCAGCGCCUGCUGGUGGCAUUGAUACGGGCAACAAGCCCCCAGAGCCUCCGCUGGGCAUUGGUCACUACCGAAAGUUUGACUGGGCCCCCGAGAUCAAGGCUAUUGCCAUCAUCCCGGACUUUGUCGUGCCCACCGCCAAUGCUCGCAACGUCCUUCCUCAAUCGUACAGUCGUGCCGAUGUGGUGUUCAAUCUGCAACGUGCAGCCCUUUUGCCCGCCGCUCUGGGUACCUCCCCGCCGGACCCUGAUAUGAUCUUCCUUGCCAUGCAGGACAGAGUCCACCAACCAUACCGCAAGACCCUCAUCCCAGGCUUGACCGAGAUCCUGCAAUUCAUGACUCCCGCGACGCAGCCCGGUCUUUUGGGCAUCUGUCUGUCCGGUGCCGGACCAACCAUCCUGGCUCUGGCGACGGAGAACUUUGACCAGAUUGCAGACCGCAUCAUCGCGCAGUUCGCCUCCAACAAUAUUACCUGCCAAUGGAAGCUGCUGGAGCCCGCACAGGCGGGUACCACCGUGACCGAGAUUUAA